AUGCCCAACACAUAUCACACCAUCCUGGGACGUCCUUCACUCACCAAGUUCAUAGCGGUGCCAGACUACUCUUGUCUGGUGCUCAAGAUGCCUACUAAAAAGGGCGUCCUCAUAGUUAGAGGCAAUGUCUACACCGCCUACACCUGCGAGCAGGAAAGCUUCAGGGUUACCAAGGCCAUUGACCUCUCAGCACGAAUGGCAAAGACAACAAGUCAGGCAGUGCAAACAUCAGCCAACCAGCUUGAGAUUCCCAAGCUGCAGGCACCAAGGAAGAACGUCAAGUCUAAGGAGCACAAAGAGAUCCAACUGGUCGACAACGACCCUGAAAAAUGGCUCUUAUCGGAGCCACCUAGGAGUGUCCAACAACCCAGAGCACUAGCUGUUGUUGCUACAGGUAGUGUAGCCACUAGUGUGGAUCUGGAGGUGCCGAUUGAUGAUGCCACUGGGCUGCCGUUGAAAUUCUGCCUGGAAUGCAAGGACGCGAGGGUGUUUGCUGCCAUUACCAAGUCUGGGGUCAACGAGGGAAAGAGAUAUUUCAAGUGUCCUAGAAAGACUUAUAAAAAUCCAACAUGUCAUAAGUAUUGGUUCGAGGAAAAAUAUGUGGUGUACCUUCUUGACAAUGAAUAUCUAUCUUCAGCAUCUUCGACACUUGCUGUAGAUUCAACCAUAGAAGUUCCUGAGGUUGUGGCAAGACUUGUUAGCUUAGAGCAAAAUUUGAAGGAGGCGAAGGACAAAGUUGGCAAGAACAGAGAUGGCAUGCGCAAUUGCAUUUGUCUUGUGUGUGGUUGUGUGAAUGUAAGCCUAUUGCUAGUGUUGGGCAUCUAUUUGGUGCUAGUUGUAGUGUUCAAGUAG